GUUCAGUGAGCGUUGCGUGCACAGAUGAAAAUGAAUCACUGGAAAAACGCUGCUGGGCUCCAACUGAAAUAGUUGUUUAGAAUGCUAUUUGGCGAUAACACGCUGUGUGCUCUAUGCAUGCUUAUCUUAUCGAUAACCCACAUCGAUCUAUCGCUCUCCCUUGGCCUGGCGAGAGUUGAGUUGGAACCUAAACUGAACACUGAUGUUUACUACAGCUAUGACGGCAUGUUGGAUUACCUGGAUCAGUUGGCAAAUGAUUACAGUCAGCGGGUGGUGUUGCAUACCGUGGGCAAAACGUAUGAGAAUCGCACGCUGAAGACCAUCACAAUCACGAAUGGUGAUGGACGCACUGGGAAGCCAGUAAUUUUUGUGGUUGCCGGCGCACAUGCUCGCGAAUGGUUGACGCCAGUUGCUGCCUUAUAUGCCGUCGAGCAAUUGGUUGUUGGGCUGGAGGAGCAUAGACAUUUGUUAAGAGAUUACGAUUGGAUUGUCAUGCCACUGGUUAAUCCGGAUGGAUAUACGUACUCCCGCACCGUCGAUAAAUGGUGGCGCAGCACUCGCUCCCCAAAUGGUGGCAACUGCUUUGGCACCAACAUCAAUCGCAAUUAUGAUAUUGGCUGGCGAACAGGCUAUGCGGCACAGAGUGAUCCCUGUCAGGAGCACUAUGCGGGCAGUGAACCCUUCUCGGAGCCCGAGACACGAGCGGUUAGGGAUAUAAUGCAAGAACUGGUUGAUACAGGACGUGCACUCAUGUACAUAUCCUUGCACUCCCAUCACACAACCGUCUUCUAUCCCUGGACUUAUAAGAGUGUGCCCACUGAUAAUGCCAUUAAACUGCGUGAGGUGGCCAAAUCGGGAGCGGAGGCUAUGCACAAGGCGACUGGCACAAUGUUCAGCUAUGAGCAGGCUAGCCUAAAUGAUCCUUUUGGUGGCACCAGCCUGGACUACGCCUAUUCCAUUGGCUUUCCGCUCUCCUAUGCGUUGGAACUGUCCGGACAGCGAAAUGGCAACACCUUCGAUUUCUGGCCACCAACUACGCUGCUCAAGGAGCUGGCCCACGAAUCGUGGGUGGGCAUUAGUGCCAUGGCGGAAAAGGCCAUUGAAUACUAUCCGACGCUAAGUGCAGAAACAGAAUCUGCUACUAGUCAAACUAGAUCAUCAUCAACGUAUAGUCUAACAAAUAUUUUUAAAAUUCUACUACUUCUGACGGCUAUAACAAUAUUGUCCCAAUAGCUAACCCGACUAGAGACAGUAUUGACUUAAAUUAAGUCUGUCUGUAUUUGACCAAACAAAUUCCAAAUGGCUGUCUUAUUUUUUUAGUUGAUUAAGUUUUAAUAUUCAAUCACAAAUUUGAAUCUUAGGAUUUUGUAGAACAUAGAAAAUAAAAUGUAUUUUUAUAUUA